AUGACCUCAAGUGAUAGCGAUGCCGGAACGCCCGCGCAACUGACUCCCACCUUCAUCGAUGCCGAUGCGGUUACAACAAGCUCACUGCAGGCCUUGCAGUCGGCGGAUCAGCGCAAGGUCAUGGACCUUGUCGACAAGCUCCGUCGCGAAGGACUCAGUGGCAUUGUCGAGCUUCCGCAGUUGGUAGUGUGCGGCGAUCAGUCUUCUGGCAAGAGCUCAGUGCUCGAGGCGAUUACUGAGAUUCCAUUUCCUCGCAAAGAAAACCUGUGUACCCGCUUCGCUACUGAGGCUUCGACCAGUACCAUCACCAUCACGCCAGACAAGACCCGGCCACUUCUGGAGCAGUCAAAACUGAAUUCAUUCAGCAAGUCUAUCAAUGACUUCAGCCAACUACCCGACGUCAUCGAUGAGGCUACGCAAGCCAUGGGUCUAGGUAUCGUGGGAGGUAUCAACUCAAGAGCAUUCUCGCGCGAUGUCUUGUCCAUCGAGAUCACUGGCCCGAGCCGUCCACAGCUCACUGUGGUCGAUCUACCUGGUCUCAUUCACGCAACGAACAAAGCUCAGACCGAGACUGACAAGGAGCUCAUCUUGAACCUGGUCAAGCAGUAUAUGACUAACUCCCGUACGAUCAUCCUUGCGGUAGUCAGUGCGAAGAACGAUUACGCCAACCAGAUCAUUCUAGAUCACUGUCGCAAGAUUGACGAAAAGGGUCGCCGCACGCUGGGCAUCAUCACCAAGCCAGACUUCCUUCGUGAAGGUAGCGACAACGAGAAAAGCUGGAUCGAUCUCGCGCAGAACAAAGACAUCUACCUUGAGCGUGGAUGGCACAUGCUCAAGAACCGUGGCGACAAUCAGAUGACGUUCUCCUUUGAGGAGCGCAACGGUGAUGAGACGCUGUUCUUUAACAAGGGCAGGUACGCCGACAUGCCUCGCGAAGUUGUUGGGAUCACUUCGCUACGAGAACGCCUAAGCAAGCUGCUUCUAAACCAUCUCAUCAAAGAGCUUCCUUCGCUGAAGUACGAGAUGGAAAGCAAGCUCCGGAAUACGAUCAAGAGCAUUGACAAGCUAGGCGAUAAGAGGAACACGUUGCAGGAGCAGCGCAUGGUACUGAUGAAGACCAGUAUGCGUGUCAACGAUGUGCUGAAGUCAGCUACCAAAGGCUGCUACGAUUCUCCGUUCUUCGGCUCAAUUAACAUGGAAGCAGCAGUUGACCAUUCUCAGAACAUCAGCCGGUUCAGAUCCGUUGUGCAGUAUCUCAACCUGGGGUUUGCCAAGGAUAUGCGUCUUCGUGGUCAUAAGUACGGCUUUGGUGCCGGUCCUGGCGAUAGAGAGAAAGACAUGGAAGAGGACGAGAGGGCUCGAGAAGAGCUUGAUCAGCUCGAAGGAGAGGAUGCAGAUGUACUGUUCAUGCCGGAACCAAAGCAGCUCACUCGGAGUGAGGCCAUUGAGUGGGUCAAGAAGACACUAGAGCGUUCCCGUGGCUAUGAGCUUCCAGGAACGUUCCAGCCUAUGUUGAUCUCGCACCUCUUCUGGGAGCAAUCACAGCCCUGGGAGAUCAUCGCCGCCAGGCAUAUCAACAAGGUUGCACGCGCCUGCAAAAACUUCGUAUACAUGGUCAUUGAGCACAUUGCGCCGCCCGAGUUCAAGAGCAAGAUUACCUCUCUGAGCGUAGACGCUGCCCUCGCCUCAAGCCUCGUCGAAGCCAAGGACGAGCUGCGCAAGAUUCUCAAGGACAAGGCGCGCCAUCCUAGUACUUACAACCACUACUUCACAGACAUGAUCCAGAAGACACGUCAGCGCAAGUACCAAAAGAUCACCAAAGAUGCUGCAAUCGCCGCACAGCAUCCUGCUACCCGUGAAGCCUAUCCUACUUAUCCACCGUUUUUCGGUGUCAUCCCCGCGAAGUUUGAGGCGAACAUGAGUGCCGCCGUCGAGAUGGACAUGGACGUCUUCUCCAGCCAAGAAGCUCUGGACACCGCGCGAGCUUACUACAAGGCAACCGCCGCCGCCCUUGAUGAACUCAAGUACUUCGUCAACGCCGUGGCCAAGACCGUCAUCGAGCGCCAUCUCGUCCACCCACUUCCAGAUACGAUCUUCUCGCCCCUGACCGUGACCGACAUGACCGAGGAAGAGAUCGAUUUCGUGGCCGCAGAGCCUCUGGAGGUAUCGCAGCAGCGUGCUUUCUUGGAGUCGAAGAAGGACAUGCUGAGCAAGGGUCUGGAGACGUUCAGGGAGGCGAUGGGUGGUAUCAGACAGUAG